AGUCAAGGUCAACAACACCCUACGCGCUGUGAGAUGAGACGGCAGAGCACGGGUCCUUCCUUUCUGAGGCGGCCGGACUCGAUGAACCGCCGGUCGAAAAUCCCGCCGGCCGCGUGCGCGUCCAUCAUCAUCAAAUCCACGCAGAGACAGAGAGGCUUAAAACUAAAAGCAGCAGGGACUGGGAUGGCGGCCGUCUGGCGGAGAGCAUGGAGGUCCAAAUCCCCCUGGCGCGGCUACGGCGACGGCGCUCUGCAGCCGAUUUUUGGCAGCAGCAGCAGCACCACUUCAGGUACCCGUACCACCAUGACCCUCUCCACCUCCGCGUACACCACCUCAUCCGAACCAGUCAAAGAAGAGAGCGCCAUCAUGGAGCUCAGGCAGGAGGAGGUUGUGAAGACGCGCCGGCACAUGAGGGGCCUGGUGGAGGAAUUCUGUGCUGGUGCCGGUGCUGGUGCCGAUGGCAGCAACGCCACUGCCCCGGACAGGUGGCUCUCAGAGCUCAACGUCGCCUGGCUUCUAAGUCUUGCCGAGCUUGACGCGUCCGGGCAGAGGACCUUCAUCUCACGCCAGCUACAGAGUCCUGCACAGACUUGGAUCCCGGCUCUGCAGGUCAUCAGCACAUCCGUAUGGAAAUGCUUAAGUAGUCACGAUGAACCAACCGAUGGGUUGCUUGAUGCAGUUUCUGAAUUUGCACAGUUUCUCAAGGCGACCUUGCUGAAGAUGCUCACCUUUGUUGACGCGAUUGUUGCUCUUGAUCCUUUCAGUGUUAUUAAUGGUGCCAUCAGCCAACAGCAGCAUGUCUCUUCUACUUGUACGAGUGUGGUGCGGGCAGCUGACAAGGUCCGGGCACUGCUAGAUGUGCGCCAUGCUCUCUCCGUAGCCUCGGAACAGAUCAUCAUGUCUUUCUGUUCCUCACCCUACGUGCUCUCCACAAAGGUAGCUGACGAUAUCGGAGGCCUCUUUUCAGCACAACUGGGUAAGCUGGAUCAGGCCAUACGGGACACAUUUGAUCACAUCAGAACUGCUGUCACUCCGUCCUUGGACGACGAUGACGGCUCCUCUCCGAGGGCAACGGGUGCUACUCAGACGACCCUGCUGCAAUCAUCACCCGCUAUCCACAAGGUCACUCGGUCUGUCAUAAACUAUAUCAAUAUCGUGUUGUCCACUGAAGCAUUAUUGCUCCCCGCGAAUUAUGCAAGUCAUCGCCCGGGAGAUACGUCUUCUUUGACUACCCUGACAACGGAGGUAGUCGGUUCCCUAGAGGAAGAGCUUGCCAGAGUGUCGCGGUCGUUCACAGACCAGAGCCUCAGGUUCAUCUUCCUCAUCAACAACUCCUACCUCAUAAGGCAGCUGCUCGACACAAGUUGGCCUCCCCAUCUCCAUGACCUCACGUACUUAAGGUUUUUUGACAGCAUCACUAACAGAAUCGACAGGUACAUACAAAGUUAUCUCCAGGUGUCUUGGGCACCAGUGUUGAAAUGCCUGCACAAUCCCACGUGUCAUUGCUUCACGAGAGACUCACCGCUGCCAAAGUUCGAGUCCAAGUUUCAGUCGACCUAUGCUGCGCAAAAGCAUUGGAAAGUCCCGGAACCUGAGCUGAGGAAGACGCUGCGUCAAGCUAUCAUCGAGAGAGUCGUUUCAGGAUUUACGGAAUACUUGGAGGAUAACAAUAGCAUCACCUCAGGAGUCACUCCUCAGGAGCUGGAGGAGAUGCUGCAGGAGCUAUUCGAAGGAUGAACAGAACAAGUGCACCAUGAAAAGACAAAGUUGCCAGCUACUAGCUUCUGUUUUCAUGCAUCUUUGAUGUUAUGUUUUGGAUUUGGAAUAAAACAUUGUUGCUUGGAAAAACUUAUAUCA